AUGAGUUUACCUGCCAACAAAAACGAUAUAAAUAUUUCUAACUCUCAACAAUUACCCACUUCAGACACUCUUCAGUCUAGUUUCAAUUCAUAAUCUGAUAAAUCUGAUUUACAAACCUAGUCUACAAAUAAUUUAAACAACAAUACACUUAGUAAUAUGAACACUAUGAAUAGAUUUGGUACUACAAGUGGAUAUGGCGGAUACGGAUCUUCCAUGUAUAAUAGUGCUUAUUCAUCAUACGGUGGUUUUGGAGGUUCCUAUGGUGGAAUGUAUGGCUCUGGAAUGAUGGGAGGUUACUCUACUAUGGGAAAUGGUAUGAUGGGCUAAUAAAAUCUUUAACAAUAACAACAACAACAACAACAACAGCCUGGGUUCAGAGAUGAAUACCAAGGAGUUUUAAUGGGAUUUAACUCAAUGCUAAAUAUUAUGGGAGCUGGUGUAGCUAUGUUAGGAUACGGAACAACAUUUGUUCAGAUAGCAAAGAAGGCUCUUGUUUUUAUUUAUCAUGGUUUCUCUAACUUAACAUAUAAAAUACUUGGUAUUGCUUACUUAAAGAAGCUUUACAACUGGAUUACUCAUGCAGAAUUGGAAAAGCAAUUUACAAAGACAUUACAUGCAGCUGGAAAAGUUGAAAAAUUGAGUCUUGCUAAAAGAGUUUUAGGCAAGGUACUAUUUGUAGUUAGAAUUUUAUCGGGAUUAGCUUUAUUGGGCUUCUACUUCGCUUAAUAUAAACUACGUUAGAGAAUGAAUUAAAUGAAACUUGAACAAGGCAACCUUAACAAUUUUGAUAAUGAGUUAGGUCCAAUCAUCUAUGAUAAUUAAAUAGCCUAAGAUAAAGAGAAUGAUGCUAUGAUUCAUAUUAACAUGAAUUCUGAAAAGGCUGAAAUAAUAGAUAAUUUAGACUCCGCUUUGAACGAAGAGUUAGAAGAAGAAGAAAAGGAAUGUGUUUUAGAAUUCAACAACUUAUAAAAAGAAAACUCUACUGCAGAAAUAGUUGAAACUAAAGAAAAUGUAAUUAAGACUGAUAAUCUUUAAGAAGCUUUCGAUGAUGUUAUAAACAAAGAAAAGAACUUCAUCUAAUAAACUUAACUAAGAUCCGAAGAAUUCUGGAACCAUAAAGAACCCAAAGCUGAAAUAACUACAGAAACUAAUUUCAGUAAUAAUAGCAAUGCUUUUAUAUUAAAUAUAAACAAUAACAACAAUAUUGUCAUUCCUGCAGCUUAAACUGUUGAAAAUGAAAAUUCAGCACAAUUAUAAACUGUAGAAUUAAAUCCCCCAGUUUUACUUUAAACAGCUUCUGAAAUAAUACCUUCAAACAAUUCAGAAAUCCUUCCCAAUUUAGCAAGUUCUGUCUCUUCAACUUCAAAUAUUUCAUCAUUAACUUCAAGUAAUACAGUAAAAAAAUCAGUAAAGCCUUGGAUGAAGAACGUAUGA